AUGUACUCUCUAAAACCGAAACCAGUCGAUUUUGAGAAUGUUUGGUCGUCUUUACGUCCAUCUGUUGUAGAUAUUAUGAAUAUGAAACCGAUUUCAAGUAUUCAAUGGCAUCAUAAGUUCAGCGAUGUUUAUGAUAUUUGUGUCUCGAUUCCAAAUCCAUUGAGCGAAAAAUUAUAUAACGAGGUAAGCAAUUUUGAGAAGUUCAGAAAGGAAAAAAAGAAAAUCUUUAGGUUAAAACUUGCAUCAAAGACCAUGUAAAAUUGCAAAGAAAAAUCAUCGAAAAUGUUGAAGCUGAACAACUUCUUCAAGAAUAUUUUCGAAUGUGGACAGUUUUUCACGAAGGCGCUGUUUAUGUUCAUCAAUUAUUUGGAUAUUUGAACAAGCAAUUUGUGAAGCAGAAAAGAUGCACGGAUUUGGAGAAUUAUCAAAAUUAUGCGCCGUUUUUGCAAGCGCCUGAUGUCAAAGAAAUUGGAUGUGUAAGCAAUUUUGAUAUUGAAAUAUUGGAAAAAAUUCGAGACCUUUGACAUAUAUUUUUCUGGUAGAUUUAGAGCCGCUGAUCAAGGUCUCGUUGACAACGAACAAGUCGUUGUCAAAAACUUUGAAUUUGGGGCCGAAAUUUAAGUAAUAGACAUUCGAAUAUUCGCUCUAAAAACACCCUAAUCAAUUUGUUCCUAAUUAAUUAUUUUCAGCUUGCUCUUGAAAUUUGGCGUGAAGAUCUUGUUAAUUCGAUUCAAUCUCGUCUUGUUCAACUUCUUCUUAUUGCAAUUGAUGAAGAUCGACGUGGAAAUACUCCAGCAUAUUCAGAUGUUGUUGCCGGUGUUAUAAAAUCCUUUGUUCAAAUGGAAGAUCAUGAUUUCGACAUGAAAGAAUCGACAAAUAAAGAAUCAUCACCAAACAAAUCGAAAAAAACAAUGGAAUGCACACAAUUCUAUAAAACUAACUUUGAAGCAAGUUUCUUAAAAGACACCGAAAUGUAUUAUUCAAAUUUGGCGCAAAAAAUGUUGGUUGAAUUGUCUUGUAGCGAAUAUAUGGAAGCUGUUAUACAGCAAUUAGAACAAGAAGAAAUGCGAGCGAAAAAAUAUUUGACUGAGGCAAGUGUGAGAAAAGUUAUCGAAUUAUGCCAAAAAGUUAUGAUCAAAGCACAUAAAGAGAAAUUGCAUGCUGUUUGUCACGAUUUGAUUACAAAUGAGGAAAAUAAGGAUUUGAGAAACAUGUAUCGACUUUUGAAACCAAUUCAAGCUGGAUUAUCAGUUAUGGUUAAAGAAUUUGAAGAUUAUGUCAAACAAAAAGGUCUUGAAGCGAUUUCUCGACUUUCCGGAGAAAAUGUCCCUCAACAGUUUGUUGAAAAUGUUUUGAAAGUUUACAAUAAAUUCAACGAUAUGAAAACUGCUGUUUUUAUGGAUGAUGGAGAAUUUUCGAGUGGUUUGGAUAAAGCAUUACAAGGUGUUGUGAAUGCAAAAGAAGUUGGAUUGGGAAAUGUUGCAGCAAAAGCAAGUGAAAGAUUGGCAAGAUAUACAGAUGGAUUAUUGAAGAAAACAUCAAAAGGAAUAUCGGAUACUGAUUUGGAAACAAAAUUAACAAGUGCUAUUGUUAUUUUCAGAUACAUUGAGGAUAAAGAUAUUUUCCAGAAGGUAAGCAUUUUUUGUUGAAUAAAAUAAUUAGGAAAUUAUAGUUUUACUCAAAAAUGUUGGCCAAUCGAUUGAUUACAAAUACAUCAAUUUCAAUGGAUUCUGAAGAAAACAUGAUCAAUAAAUUGAAACAAGCUUGUGGAUAUGAAUUUACGAGCAAAUUAUCGAGAAUGUUUUUGGAUAUUGGAUUGAGUCAUGAAUUGUCGACGCAAUUUGAAGCGGUUAGGAUUUUGAGAUUUUUUUUUGAAAAUUAGAGAUUUCCCUCUUAUUGUGAGAAAAUUUAGUUUUCCCCUGAAUUUUCCUAUUCAAACUUUAGAUUUUUCUUACGGUAGAUCGCUUCAGAACCCAUUUUUUAGAAAUAAAAUCAAAAGAAUCAUUUUGUAUCCGUCAAAAACUACUGUAUUUCCAACAAUAAUUCAUUUUUUCCAGCAUCUCACCGAAGUGAAAAAGAAAGAUCCAAAACUCGAAUUUGUUUCGACACAAACAUUGAUUCUCCAAGCUGGAAGUUGGCCAUUGAGUGCACCACAACUUGGUUAGUCUUUUCUCUUUCAAAGUUCCACCUCAAAAAUAUUUUUCAAAUCAUUCCAGCAAGCGGAAGUAAUACAAGUCAAACCGCCCAAGAAUUGGCCGAUUUCCGACUUCCACGUGUUCUUCAACCUUGUAUUCAAGAAUUUGAAGAGUUUUAUACAUCAAAACACAGUGGAAGAAAAUUGACAUGGUUAUGGAAUAUGUCACAAGGUAAAAAAUCAACUAAAAUAUAAAUCUAACGAGAUUUGGUUUGUUUUUCAGGUGAUAUUCGAUUUUCGUAUCUUGACAAGCAAUAUGUUGUCACAAUGUAUUGUCAUCAAAUUGCAGUUCUGAUGUGUUUUGAGAGAUCUGAUUUGAUUAGUGUAAGUAGGGAAUUUUAAACAUGGGAAAGGAAAAUAUUUUGGAAAUAUUCUUCGCUGUUUUUUUCUUUGAGAAGUUAGAGAUUCAAAGGAAAAUAAGUAUUUUUUCUGAAAAAAAAGAGUUUUGAAAAACAGUCACAAAUACGUUUCAAACCUGGAAUAACGGAGAUAAAAAUGACUUCAGGUAAUAAAACUUUGAGAUUCUUUUUUUAUUCUAAAAAGUUACAGCAUAUUUUUCCUGUUCUCAAAAAGCUCCGAAAUUCUUCAAUUUUUGAAAUUGAUCACAAAGUUUUCCGAGAAUUUUUGAAAAAUAAAAGAAACUUUCUAGUUGUCAUUUUCGAUAUGAAAAUUUAAGCGGAAAUUGAAUUUUUUGUUCUGGUGAAGUUUGUGAGUUUCAGACAAAUUCAAACUUCGAAAUUGGCUGAGAUGCAGAAACUCAAUUUCUCACGAUCAGUUUUCGAAAAAAAUUCAAAUUGUUAUAGAAAAUUUAAACUUUUCUGAAAAAUUCCUGUAAAUUCAUAUAAUUCUUCUGCUAUUUUCAGGUCAAACAAAUCAGUGAAUCAAUUGGAAUCACCGGUGAUUAUUUAUUGAAAGUUCUCAAAACAAUAGUCGAUGCCUCGAUUCUUUUAUCCGAUUCCACAACAAUUUCACAAUCCUCAAAUCUUCGCCUCAAUUUACAAAUGACAUCUCGUCGUAUUAAAUUCCGCCUCCAAAUGCCACAAAUCAAUAAAACUGUGGAAAAAGAAGGACAAGAAGCGGUUGCAAAUACAGUAUCACAAGAUCGAAAAUAUUAUAUGGAAUGUGCAAUUGUUCGGAUAAUGAAAACACGAAAAGUAUUGAAACACAAUGCAUUGGUCACUGAAAUUAUGGAUCAAACAAAAGGUCGUUUUAUGCCUGAUAUACCAUUUAUCAAGAAAUCAAUUGAGGAUUUGAUUGAGAAAAUGUAUAUUCAGAGAACUGAUCAAAAUGACGAGUAUCAAUAUUUGGCCUAA